CCACGACUACCAUGUUAUAAACGGCCGUUGCUCAAGCAAGAGUGUUUACCAAAAACAAAUCACCAUAAUUAUAAUAAUAAAGAUGCGAAAUAAUAACAAUAAUAUAAAUUGAUAAACACCUGAAAGAGAAAUGUUACUUCACGUUGUUUCUUCAGUUGCCAGACCCAUUAGACUCUCCCUCCAUUUCAGAGUACUACCCAGUUCGUCAUUUUCUCUUUUAAGGUCGAAAAGUAGAUCAUAUUGUGUGGUGAGCGAAAUGGGUCGCCAAGCUUUGCAGUCUAAAACUAAAAAGCUUGCUAAUUUUCGUUUAUGUAAUGUGUCAAGUUACGUUACUGAAAUAUUGGAGAUUAUUGCUGAGAAGCCAGUAUUUCAUGCUCUAGUGAUCCCUGGAAAUCCAGGUGCUGUUCCAUUUUAUAAAGACUUUGUUGAAUCACUUUAUGAGUUGCUUGGAGGAAGUGUGUCCGUGACAGCUGUUGGGCACAUAUCUCAUUCCGAAAAGGAUUCGGAACAUGGAAGGUUGUUCUCAUUGCAGGAACAAAUUGAUCAUAAGGUGGACUUCAUCAAACAGGAGUUACAAAUUAAUGAAGUUCCUAUAUUACUGGUUGGGCACUCAAUAGGUGCAUAUAUAUGUAUUGAAAUAUAUAAGAGAAAUCCAGAGAAGGUGUUAUAUUGCAUUGGACUGUAUCCAUUUUUGGCUUUAAACCUACAAUCUGGGAAACAGUCUAUCAUCGGCAAGAUUGCUGCGUCCCCAGUUGUAUGUGUUGUCCUUAGUUCCAUUGUAGCAGUGUUAGGGUUCUUACCAAGCUGGGCUUUAAGGUUCAUUGUGAGUAAAUCUGUUGGGAAUUCAAUGUCUAGUACUGCAGUUGAGGUUACUUGCUCUCACUUGACAAAGUUCCAUACAAUGCGGAAUGUCCUCUUUAUGGCGAUGACUGAAUUCAAGAAGCUUUCAGAAACUCCAGAUUGGACAUUUGUGAGAGAGAAACACCAUAGAAUUGCGUUUUUGUUUGGCAUUGACGAUCACUGGGGACCACUGCAAAUGUAUGAAGAGAUUUCCAGGCAGGUCCCAGAUAUUGUUCUAUCACUUGAAAGAGAGGGCCACACUCACGCUUUCUGUUGCACUGAGGCUGGCUCAACCUGGGUUGCUCAGCAUGUGGCCACCUUAAUCAAAAACCAAAUUUCAAGCUCAACUCACCAGGACGUUUUAACACACUAGUCCCUAUUUUAGAUAAGACUGCCUGAUUAUGGUGUCAAAUUAAAUAAUAGGUUCAAUAACUUUUUUUAUUUGAUGUACCCUGUUGAGUUAGUACUCCUACCAUACUAAGAUGGUAUGCUAUAAAUAUAUACAUUGUAUUUGUUAUUGUUAGAAGUUAUUUAAUGUAUUACCAAGAGUAAAUUAUAUAUGAAACUUCUGGUGAAAAAGUUGAAGACAA